AUGACCCCUCUUCCUCACUCUCCCCUCCUCGGUCCCGCCGUCUGAGUCUCUCCCCCUCCUCCUGUAAUUUGAUCUCGCCGGAGCUCCAUCAAUGGCCGCCGUCGCCGGAGCUUCCUCAAUCUCUCUCCUCCGCUCCGCCACCCAACAGUUCCACCAAAAUCUCGCAUUAUCCAGGACAAAUGGUUUGAAGUCGGUUUCACUUGCUGGUUAUGGAAGAAGCUCCCUUUCUUUGGGAUUGCAGCAACGCUCCUUGCGGCUUCGUGUUUCCUGCGCUGCUAAACCAGAAACAGUGGCGAAGGUGUCUAAGAUAGUAAGGAAGCAACUUGCAUUGCCAGAUGACUCUGCUGUUACCGGCGAGUCAAAGUUUUCUGAACUUGGAGCUGAUUCUCUCGAUACGGUUGAGAUUGUGAUGGGACUUGAGGAGGAAUUCGGUAUUAGUGUAGAAGAGGAUAGCGCUCAGGCCAUUGCAACUGUGCAGGAUGCCGCGGAUCUUAUUGAGAAGCUCAUUGAGAAGAACAAGGCUUAGAAGCGAUGGAAACAGAGUCGAGUAGUAUUUUCAUAUCCUAGACAGCUUUAGAGAUAAGUACGCGGUAAACUGGUUUUGUACUCGUCUUUUUGUGUUAAUCCGAACCUUGUAGUUGAGUGGUUUUCUUACGAAGUUAAGAAUUUUUGAGUUCGUGUA